AUGAAUGUCCUGGUAUCGUGUCUGCCUCGAGUCAUUCUCCACAUUCAUGCUUUCACCGUCUAUCUCUAUCCAGACCUCUGCUCCGGGAACCUGAGGAAUCACACAGAGUUCCAUGAGUUUAUUCUACUGGGAAUACCUCAGACAGAGGGACUGGAGACUGUGCUAUUUGUCAUCUUCUCAUUUGCUUACCUCUUCACCCUGCUUGGCAAUUUACUCAUCCUUAGAGCAAUUGUUUCUUCCUCUACCCUUCACACCCCCAUGUAUUUCUUUCUGGGAUGCCUAUCUAUUUUCAACACGUUGUUCCCAACUGUAACCUGUCCCAGGAUGCUAUUUUAUCUCUCUGGCCAAAGCAAAGCCCUUUCUUAUAAGGGCUGUGCUGCACAGCUCUUCUUCUACCAUUUCCCGGGGUCUAGCAAAGGUUGUCUCUAUUCUGUGAUGGCCUAUGACCGCUUUGUGGCCAUCUGUCACCCACAGGUCUGUGUCAGCUUAGUCAUGGCAGCCUGGCUGGCGGGUUGUCUCCACGCCACCAUUCUGACCUCCUUCACCUUUUGGUUAACCUACUGUGGCUCCAACCGGGUGGAGUACUUCUUCUGUGACAUUCCUGCUGUCUUACCCCUGGCUUGUACUGACAGCUCCCUGGCCCAGAAAGUGGGCUCCACUAAUGUUGGUUUUCUGGCUUUAAUGCUUUGGUUCAGUGUCUGUAUCUCCUACACACGCAUUGGGAUUGCCAUUCUGAGAAUCCGAUCAGCAGAGGGCAGGCAGAAAGCUUUCUCUACCUGCAGUGCCCACCUCACUGCAAUCCUCUGUGCCUAUGGACCUGUAAUCAUCAUCUAUCUGCAGCCCUCACCCAACCCCUUGCUUGGUGCUGUGGUGCAAAUAUUAAAUAAUAUUGUCUCACCCAUGCUGAACUCGUUAAUCUAUUCCUUAAGAAACAGGGAAGUGAAAAGAUCCCUGAAAAGAGUGUUCUACAAUGUAGUAUUUAUUUCUCUGGCAUAA